ACUGAGAUAGGGAACGGAUCUGUUGGAAAGUAUGGAAGCGUGAGUUUGCGGUUUGUUGAAAUAAUUUUGUUGUAGAGACUGAGGGUUACCGCAGACAGGUCAACGCUGCCAUAAGUUUUCAAAAUGUCGGGAAGUUACGAUCGUGCUAUAACUGUUUUCAGUCCAGAUGGACAUCUUUUUCAAGUUGAAUAUGCACAAGAAGCUGUUAAAAAAGGAUCUACUGCUGUGGGUGUGAAAGGAAAUGGAGUUGUUGUCUUGGCAGUGGAGAAGAAGUCAGUGCCUAAGCUGCAGGAGGAAAGAACUGUGCGCAAGAUUUGCUUACUGGAUGACCAUGUGGUUCUGGCAUUUGCUGGUUUGACUGCUGAUGCUCGGAUUUUGGUAAACCGUGCCAGGGUGGAAUGUCAGUCUCACAAGCUCACUGUGGAGGACCCAGUCACGCUGGAAUACAUUACUAGGUUCAUCGCAAGCCUAAAGCAGAAGUACACGCAGAGCAACGGACGGCGUCCAUUCGGGACAUCAUGCAUCAUUGCAGGCUUUGACCCAGACAGCACCCCUCACCUAUACGUCACUGACCCUUCUGGCACCUAUACUGAGUGGCUUGCCAACGCUACGGGCCGCAGCGCGAAGACUGUGCGCGAGUUCCUGGAGAAGCAGUACAGCCCUGAGAACGUGGCCACCCUGGACCUAAGCGUAAAGCUGGCAGUCAAGGCGCUGCUCGAAGUCGUACAAAGUGGAGCCAAGAACGUCGAGGUCGCCAUCAUGGAAGACAAGACGCCGAUGAGGAUCCUGGAUAUUGACAGUUUGGAGAAAAUCGUGGCUGAAAUAGAGAAAGAGAAGGAAGAAGAAGCCGACAAAAAGAAACCCAAGAAAUAGGCGUAGGAACUGUGUAUCUUCUUUUUACUAUUAUAUAGAAUUUA